AUGUCUCACGCACUCCUCCUUCGUCUCUUUCUCUCUCCCUUUUUCUCAAUCUCUGUCGCCAUGCAUUACCUCAAAACCUACCCUGAUUCCAUCGGGAUCUCCCACUACCUAUGCUGGAGGAUGAAAUCAAUGCCUGCGGAAGAGGUCGAAUUCUAUUGGCCUCAGAUAUGUCAUCUUUUACUAACUUACCCCACCUCCUCAAACGCUCUCGAAGCCUUCGUAUUAGAAAGAGCCGAGGAGAGUACACACUCUGCAAUGCUUACAUUUUGGUUCAUGCAAGCUGCUUUGCGUGAUCUCACUCCCACUAGGACUACAAACCCUCGUCCUUUUGCCAUAUGUCAACGCGUCCUACAUCGAUGUCAUGAGAUUAUAUUUGGUGAUCCUCCCGAGCCAUCACGUUCUCCGUAUCGUUCCCUCCCACAUUCUCCUCCCGCAUCGACCGUUGCACUUCUCGAUUCCCCAAUGAAUUCCAUCAUGAAGAACAAACAUCUUGACGAUGUCCGCGGACCUCCGGUCAGGGUGAACCCUCAUGUCUCUCCUGCUUUGGUGGGUAUGGGUGCACUCGUAGCUGGAAUCGCCAUGCCUGGUCUCACGGACAUGGCUGGGAAGUGGGCCGUUAUUCAAGGUCGCCGUCCUAGAGAUGACGCAGGUGAAUCACGGGCUAGAGUCGAGGUCGACCAGCAGGGCGGAGCGGAUGUCACCGUUGAGACCAAGCCAACAAUUCAAAAGACAAGUGUAGAGGAGGAUCACAGUUCGGACGAAGAAGAGAAAACGGCCUCACCCAGUCCGCCGAGGAAAGGCCAGGUUGCUUUGAUUAGAUCCGAAUCCCUGCAUGGUCGUCUGCCAUCCACUGCACCAGCAAACUCCUCAUCUUUCACACUUCCACAUCCAGCUUCGACCGCUCCGGUCCUAUACUCUCCACCGCCUUCUAAGGUUCAAACACCUCCCUUUUCACCCAUGGGAUCGCCCAUGCCUCCUCCGACAGACACAGAUCCCUUCUCGCAAAACGUCCCCGAAAGCGCCGGCCCGAGCAGAUCGAACACUCCCCCUCGACAAACUCAUCAGCCUUUCUACUCUGUCCCAGACUUCUCUUCCUCAAAGCCUCAUCACUCAGCCCUUCGUAGACUGCACCCCUCCGAGCGUGCACCGACCGCAGAUACACUCCUGGCGACGUACAGUCUCGGCGCUCAGAGACAGUUGUUACGAAGUCACUACUGCAGAAGCGAAGUACGAUUUCUGCUCAUCCUUGAAGACAUCAGUAAUCGUUUGCUGGUGGUACCAAAGCCAGCUCGAGUCAGUGCUUUACGAGCCGAGUUGACCAGUUUGAAUCACAAUCUACCUGCCGAGGUAUGCAUGCCUUUGUGGUGUGCAGCCGAUCACAGCUGCGAAGAGGGAGGGGAGACGUCAACCGGAACACCCCUCAAAGCUCGUCUCGAUCGACCACGCAAUUCUCGAAAACGUGCACAUUCUCGGGUUGUUCGGAUAUCGCCUGGUGAUUCGGUGGUGCUGAACUCGGCAGAACGUGCCCCUUUCUUGCUGCACGUGGAAAUCCUCGAAGGUGACCUGGAUUUCGAUCCGAGUCGACGAGAGAACAGAGAAUUAUUGAAAAAGAUCGUAUUGCAGGCGGACAUGAAGCGGAGAAAGAAAGAAAAGGAGCAGGAUUCAGGUCUCGUACGACCUACCGAUGGCUUUGGUGCCCCCAUGCCAGAAGCAAUCCGUCCUACACCUCCCAAAAGUGGUCCACGACCAGCCUUACGACCUGCUCCAUUGUCGGCGGAGUCAAGGAAAGAGUCCAAGAUCGAAGAAGUGGAGGAAAUGGACUUGGUCGAGCAAUUGUAUGGCGCUCAGCUGUCCGUCAAAGAUGUGCUCCCUGAUAUCUCCGAAUCAAUCCCAUUACCCGCGGCGCCAAAGAACAAACAGCUCGACUUGGCACAAUGGGAUCGCGAUCGCGCAUCAUUUCCCGCCCCUCCAACACCGUCUAGACGGACAUCCAUGAAUAAUGAUCAUCAUGAUCAACCCAUCAUGGCAAACUCGCUCAUGUCUUCCCCGAUAGUCAAUGGUCAUCUGGACACGGAUCAAGGUAGAUCUAUGCCGACCAGUCCCAACCUCCCAUCUUUCGCCGAAGGGGUGUCAACUCCUCGGCGGCAGCUCACCAUGGAAGACUAUUCUGAGCGGAUGCGGACUGCGGCUGUCAUGCUUGCUCAGCUGAAUGCGUCUCAGGUCGCUACAAUGCCAGAGGGUAGCUCUGGCUCUGGUAAACUCUCAUGGAUCCCUGGAACGGGCUGGAUCAUGGGCUCCAGUAACAGUCCCCAUGGGCCCGCCAAUCCGGAUACAAUUCAUGGAGGGGGCGUCACUGGUGCCGGUGGGAAGCUCAAGCUUGCGGCGACACAGGCAGCAGCUAUAAAGGACAGAAUCAUGGAAGAGAUGAUGGCUCUUGAGGAAGAAAGAGUGGCACGGAUGACUGACCAAACGGAAUCCACCGGUCUGGAGGGCGGACAAUCCAGUGGCGGGCAGACUGCAGAGGAUGAGGGCAUCGUGAGGAGGGAGCUGAACAAGGCUGAUCCUUCUGCGGCUGUGUUUAGAGAGUCAUGGACAGCAAAGAAAACUCGAAUACGGGCGUCGUCACCGUGGGGUCAUCUGGCUAAUUGGGAUGUCAUUUCCGUUAUCGUCAAGACUGGUACCGACUUGCGACAAGAACAACUCGCUACUCAGCUCAUAGAACGUUUCGGCAAAAUUUGGAAAGAAGAGAAAUGCGAUUGUUGGGUACGAUUCUUCCGGAUUUUGAUUACUGGUGAAUCUUCUGGUCUAGUCGAGACCAUCACAGAUGCGGUAUCUGUCCAUUCCAUCAAGAAGGGAGAAUAUGCCCGUCGGAUUGCGGAGGGUAGACCCAUGGGACAUGUUUCCUUGAUGGAUCAUUUUGUCAAUACUUAUGGCAAGCCAGAUAGCGGCAGAUUUGCUCGAGCACAGAGAAAUUUCAUCAAAUCUCUUGCAGGUUAUUCAGUUGUGACCUACCUCUUGCAAAUCAAGGACAGACAUAACGGCAACAUCCUGGUAGAUCGUGAUGGUCAUCUGAUACAUAUUGACUUCGGUUUCAUGCUCUCAAACUCGCCAGGCGGAAACAUGGGUUUUGAAGCUGCCCCUUUCAAACUACCCUUGGAAUACGUAGAGAUCAUGGGUGGCUUGCACAGCCCAGGAUACGUGUAUUUCAGAAAACUGUUCAAGGAGGGCUUUGAAGUCGCUCGUAAGCAUUCGGACAGCUUGAUCACCAUUGUCGAGCUUAUGCAAAAGGAUUCCAAACUUGACUGCUUUGCAUUGUUCGGCGAGCAAACGGCCCAUCAUUUCCGCGAGAGGUUUGCUUUGGGUUUGACAACACAAGCCGUGGAUGCGUAUCUCGAAAGACUAAUCGUGAGCUCUACGGGGAGUAAUUAUACGAGGAUGUACGACACUUUCCAAUAUUACAGCCAGGGCGUGUUGUGAACACGUAGCAUCAGACGUUCAUCUUGCAUGCAUCAAUAGCAUUGAG